AUGUUCAAACUAUUCGUCUUUGUGCUAAUUGUCGAUUUGACGAUCGCUGCUGGAAUUCCAGGAGGACCGAUUGCCACCAAUCCAGACGAUGAGGAAAUUCAGAACGUCGCCUGGAAAGCGACACCAAACGUCAACGCCGAAAUCAAUGAAAAUUAUUAUUACGUGCCGGUCAAGGUGACGUCGGCGACGAGCCAAGUCGUCUCGGGAAUCAUGUAUCGACUCAAAGUGAUCUACGGACAAUCGGACUGUUUGCGAUCGGAGAAUCUUGAUCGAAACCAAUGCGCCUAUAAUGGGAAUGGCAAUACGGUGGUCUAUGAUGUGAGCCUUUGGUCGCAGCCAUGGACCAAUUUUGAGCAGAUUACUGUCGCCAAGGAAGCCACUCAAUAA